GCCUGACUGAAGACUUUCAUUCAUCCCAAUGUGCAAAGCCAGAGCUGAACAUUCCUGUCAAAAAGCUAUCCAGAUAUCCUGGCUGUUUAUGACACUGGGAGAAGCUGGGCUUAAUAAGCUCUUCUUCCCUGGAGGUUCUGCAUACUGUUGUACUAGCACAUACUCUCUUCUUCUAGGUCAGAAUGAGUCAUUCAUUAUCUCCCAGUACUUAUAUAUAUGGACAUCCUCUCUUGGAAGUCUCUUCUUCGUUUCCACUGCAAACUAGAAAGCAAGAUUUGCCACCUGACAAAUUUCUGACAUAUUCCACCUUCCUGCUCCUAUUCUUACUUUUAAACUGUUUAAGGUAGGGCAUUUGCAUGUUACACUGUUUUGCUCCUCAGUCAUGUCCCCACCUACCCCUAAUGAUUUAUGAAUGCACUAAGUUAAUUUCAGCUUAAUUUGACAGUUGAGUAAAAAUGCAGAGAUUGUUUGGUGAAAACAGUUGUUUUCAUACAGGUAAGAGACACCAAAAGCACCUCCAUCUGGAGAAUACAAAUCUUCCCAGUUUUUAUGUAUCAGAAAACUGACAUGCAGGAGAACCACAGGAAACACCAUUGUGUUUGUUCUGCUGCCCACAGAAUUAUUUGUUAUAUCGAAUUCCUUGGAGAGCAAAGGAACACACAGAUGAAGUAAACACUGGGACAAUGGAAAGACCGCUUGAGGCUACCAGGAUGGAAAACAGCACCUCUUCCUGCUUUCUCAUGGAAAGAAGGACUCGUGUCAAGAUUAAUAGGAAAGAAGUCAUGCUAGCUAAGCUGAGGAAGAGUUGCUCCUGCACCCCAAAGAAGCUGAAGAACUUUGUCAUGGACUUCCUUCCUGUUUUAAGAUGGCUUCCCAAGUACCAAUGCAAAGAGUACAUUUGGGGGGACGUUAUGUCUGGGUUAGUGAUUGGGAUCAUUUUGGUGCCCCAAGCAAUUGCAUACUCACUGCUGGCAGGUCUGAAGCCCAUUUAUAGUCUUUACACAUCAUUCUUUGCCAACAUCAUCUAUUUCUUAAUGGGCACAUCCCGUCAUGUCUCAGUUGGCAUUUUCAGCUUGAUCAGCUUAAUGGUAGGACAAGUUGUGGACCGAGAACUUCUCUUGGCUGGGUUUGACUUGAAUGAUGAUGCCCCAUCAGCCUGGGGUGAUGGCUCUCUGCAGAAUGACAGUCAGUCCAACUCAAGUGCCUUCAACCUUACAGUUGGAGGGAUGAAUGCUGAGUGUGGGAAAGAAUGCUACGCUAUUGGCAUUGCUACAGCUUUGACAUUUGUGGCUGGAGUGUAUCAGGUUCUAAUGGGAAUCUUCCGUCUGGGUUUUGUAUCUAUGUACCUAUCUGAGUCUGUACUAGAUGGCUUUGCAACUGGUGCUUCCUUAACCAUUUUAACAGCUCAAGUGAAGUAUCUGAUUGGAAUAAAAAUCCCACGUAGCCAAGGGCACGGGAUGCUUGUUAUUACCUGGAUUAACAUUUUCCGGAAUAUUUCUCAAGCUAACCUUUGUGAUGUCAUCACAAGUGCCAUUUGUAUCAUGGUGCUGGUCACAGCUAAGGAAUUGGGAGAUCGGUAUAAGCAUAAGCUGAAAUUUCCUCUUCCCACAGAACUAGUAGUUAUUGUUGUGGCAACACUGGUGUCACACUACGGAAAGUUAAAUGAAGUGUAUGCAUCCAGUGUUUCUGGAGCUAUUCCAACAGGAUUUAUUCCCCCCAAGGUACCACAUUUCAACUUAAUGCUCCGAGUUGCUGUAGACGCUUUGCCUCUUGCUGUAGUCAGCUUUGUCUUCACUGUAUCCCUUUCUGAAAUGUGUGCAAAGAAAUAUGCUUACACCAUCCGAGCCAAUCAGGAAAUGUUUGCUGUGGGGUUCUGCAACAUCAUUCCUUCUUUUUUCCACUCUUUUGCAACCAGUGCAGCUCUGGCAAAAACACUCGUCAAAACAUCUACAGGCUGCCAGACUCAAGUCUCUGGAGUAAUUAGUGCAAUGGUGGUUUUGCUGGUGCUGCUCUUCUUGGCACCUCUCUUCUACUCCUUGCAGAAGUGUGUCCUGGCUUGUAUCAUUAUUGUCAGCCUCCGAGGAGCCCUGAGGAAGUUCCAAGAUGUGCCAGCAAGGUACCAUGUGAAUAAGGUGGACACACUUAUCUGGGUUGUUACCAUGUCUGCCUCUGCCUUGAUCAGCACAGAAAUAGGACUGUUGGUUGGCAUUGUUUUCUCCAUGUUAUGCAUCAUUGUUCGGACACAGCGACCACGGACAACCCUGCUUGGACAGAUCCAAAACACCAGCUUUUAUGAGGAUGACUUAGAAUAUGAAAAUCUCUCUUCUGUUCCAAAGGUCAAAAUAUUCCGUUUUGAGGCCCCACUUUACUAUGCAAAUAGAAACUACUUCCUAAAAUCUCUGUACAGAUUGACUAACUUAGAUCCUAACCUAGAGGCUGCUAGAAGGAAGAAAUAUGAGAAGGGAAAGCAGCAUCUGAAAAAAGGAGAUCACAGAACGGCUAAUGGACUGGGCAUCAGAGAAACCACUCUGCAACUAGUUCCUAAGCAAAAUGAUUUCCAAGCCCUUGUUGUAGAUUGCUCUUCCAUCUCCUUUUUGGACACUACUGGAGUUAAUACUCUAAAGGAAAUCCUGAAAGACUACAAGGAUUUAAACAUUUCUGUUCUCCUGGCUUGCUGCAAUCCCACAGUGACAGACUCUCUGAAAAGAGGAGGUUACUUUGGGAAAGAUUUUGGAAGCAUGCAGGAAAUGCUGUUCUACAGUAUACAUAAUGCUGUGCAGUUUGCAAAAGACCAAAAGCUUCCAGCAGAUUGCUCAGUUUAAUCCUGUUUCUUCCUUAAUGAUUCACUACAAAAAUGACAGAUGGGGAGGGGCAGUUUGCAACAAUUAAUUUAUCAGACACGCCAUUGGUUGUGUACAGCAAUGGGCCUACAAACCACUCUCCCCUGAAGAGCUCUGCUGUUUGUUAGAUGCCACAUAGAACAGCCACUGGGGAUGCAGUCCAGGACCAGGACAGAACAGGCUUAUUAUGUGCAGGUGAUGCACAAUAGGGAUUGACUUCCACCUUGUGCCAUGACCUUGUGUAACCCAACAUAUACAUCGUAAGACCGUUGUGCUGGAAGCCCAGUGUCAGCUGACUCUCCCAGUGGUUUAAUGGCUGGCUUGUGCUAAGAGGGCUAAGCCAUCUCCAUGAAAUAUAAUCAAUCUAGCAUCUUGGACACAUAAUGGUUUAAAUUCUGGCUUGCAAGGCCCUAUCCCUUCCAUCAUUCUAGAUGUACUCCUAAACAACUCCCACUUUUUCCAUACAAAUAAAAUGUGUAAAAUAUUGUGGAAUGUAGCAUGUCUCUCCAUCCUGAUUACACAGGCUUAAUGACACAACCUGCCACAGGAGAAAAAAAACCCAUGAUCCAUCACAGGUUCCUUUCAAAAUCAUCAUUUUCAAAAAUUACUGCUGUGUUACUGGCUUCAUUCUGCGGUAAUUAGUUACGGAAGAUUGUGAUAUCCUUAAUGUUGCUGAAAGAAAUAUGACUCUGAUGUACAAUUCUGUAACUAGUAAGAGGAUAAUCAAGGUUAAGAAAAAUUAAUAGCUUUAAUUGGCAGUCACACUCAGGUAGUUCUACCAUCAUGUAAAAAUAAGUUGCUUCUGGUGGGCAGAUGCAACUCCAAUUCAGGGACACAUAAGGGCCAGCAAACAUGAAACCUCAGAACUGUGAUACAGUACAACAUGUUCUUCCUAAAACUGCCUGCCUGGGUGCAAAGAGAAACAGGAGAAAAGAGGGUAGGGUACGAAGAUUAAAUCUGUGAUGUGCCUAGAAGGGGAGUGAUGGGUCAGUCAGAACUGCCUGGCUGGUCUUCUCUGAUGCAAUGCUAAUGAAGCUUUACAGUAGCAUACCUAGGCCACGUGAAGGAAGCAACUCUUUUCAAGUUGUGUAUCCCCACAUGCUGGAAAAAUUCCACCAGUUUGUACAUACUACAAACAUCUUGGUGUUUGUUGGUUUUUUUUUUUUCUUCUAUUAUAUUAUUAUUUGAUUUGAGGUCCUCUAAGCCAUGCUUUCCAGAGCUGGGUUACCUUCUAUAAUAAUUUGCAUUCACUGCUACUCAGUCUGCUGUGUGUCAAAUGACACCCCCAGAUUGUGUUGUUAUAUAUGCAUGUUCUCUCUUUACAGAUAAACAUAGAUCUAAAUUUUGAUUGUCACGCAGUUAGCAUUCAGUGUUCUGGCCCACGGCAUUGACAGAAUAUCCUCUCUCAUACUCAAGCUUAUAAUUACCUGCACAAAAGUUAGGACAGCUGCCCUCUCUUUCCUUAUUCAUAGCUGGUUCACAGACAGCACCAAGCAUGGAAGGAAAUUCAGUAACAGCUGUGCCUCUUACAAUUAGCAGACGCUAGAAAUGGGUUCCAUGUAUGCAGAAGCCAUUUUUCUGCUGUGCUAUUAAAAACUAAAGAAGUUAGAUCAACACAUCAUGUGACUUUUCAGGUCACUGAACGAAGGAACACUCAAACUCAGGUUCUCCAGGUGCCCCAGAGUGUAUCUGGCUUUCAAGAACAAAUAUUUUGUUAAAGAAAAAGCAGUGCAUUCCCAAAAGACAAAAUUAAAAAUGUCUUCACAGGGAUUGAGAAUAGCACAAUAUUAGGUAAUUGAUUCAAUACUGUCAUUUACAUGCACUCAUUAUAAAAAAGCAUGUCAGCUGCACACUGUGAGCACUGCCUGAGAAGUAAAAGCUGACAGAAAUGUCUGUCAAGAGAUUAAGGAAUAGACCAUUGGCAGCAUUUUCCUGCCAUAAAACAAUUCAAUUACAUUAUUCUUUAAAUUGUUGACUUGGUAUGACUAGCUUCUUUCUGUCAUAAAAGCAAAUGACCAGAGCCCAAGGACAAAGUAUUGCUUUGUGUCUGCUUUUGUUUGUAACCAUUCUUUGACCUCUCCUUUAAGGUCCUGACAGGGCCUAGCAUGAGGAAGUGGGUUUAGAGGAGUUACUGCCAGACAGUAUCAAUAUACACACUCUUAGGCUAUCAUGCCGAAGCAAGCUGUCAUUGGUAUUCAACUAAAAUUGUUUCAGUACAAAAGAACACACACCCUAGCAAUCCAGACCUCUUUUAUCUUUAUGGGUCAAGCUACCAGCCUAGAACAUAAAGGAAAAAAAUGCAGAAAUACCCUUAACUCUAGAUGAAUCUCAUUUUAAAAGGAAGAAAAAAAAAAGAUAUUCCAAUGGAAGGUUAAUCCUUGCAACAGUCUGGUGAAAAAUGAAAAGAGGCUGCCCUUCUCUUACCCAGCAGGUUGAGAAAUUAAGAGUCAGAAAGCUCUUUUUCAUAUUUAUUUUAAGAAUGGCACCAAAGGAUACCUAAGCAAAGAAACCUGGCAAUGCAUAAGAGGUGGGGUAAGCUUUAAGACUUCUACUAGGAAGAAAUUACUGACCAGAAUAAACCAUAAAAACAAUUUUCUGUUUGUUUCAUUGGCAGAGCUGGCUCACAAUCAAGUUGUUGUGUUGGACAAUGUCAGACACAGCAGGGAAACAAUUUUCAGUGCUAUGGUGUAGGGAUGCUGGAACACUGUAAAUUAUUUCUAAGGAAACUAAAAAAGUAAGCAUUUCUCUGGCACAUUUAUGUUUGCUAUACUGCAUUAUACCAAGAUUAAAGGUACAAAGACUGAAAUUGUCAAAAACUGCUGAUUCUCUUCUCUCCUAUUCUACUAGGAAUUAGGUACCAUGACCUGGAGGAGCUGGGGAUGGGCUUGUAAUUCCAACAAGGUUAAUACUAAUGUUGAAAUAAAAUAAUUAUAUGUUUUUUAGGAAAUGUUAUAUCCAUCAUGUAGAUUGACUAUAUUUUUGUUCACUGUGGUGCUUUGUAUAUAUCAUGUAUCCACAAACUUUAGUACUGCUACAUAAGAACAGGAAAGGGUUCUCAAUUUGCAGACUGCGUGGGUCCCAUGUUGCUGGGCAAAGAGUUGGGAAUCAUCACCUCAAACUCUCCUGUUGACUAGAGCAGCAUGGCCAGAAUGUGUGCUCUAGGUGUCAAAAUGGCUGUAAGUUAUUGGCACUGGUAAUUAACAACCAGGGAACUGUCCAGUCCAUGAAAGACACCUUGGGUUCCCCUAUAACUAUGAAUAUUCCUCUGUCACAUGAUCUAGAGAAAUAUGUGUGCUUUUGGCUGGAAAGUAAAACUAGCAGUUCUUUGAAAA